AUGCACAUUAAGUCCACUCUUAUUCAACCUUUACAUAAACGAGCUAACAACAUAUUUAACAAUACUGACUCAGACCCCUUCAUACUGCCAAAUGGCUCAAAAUUGAACUGUCUUCUCUAUGCUGAUGAUUUAAUCAUCCUGUCUAGAUCAAGAUCUGGACUACAAAAAUGUCUAAAUGAACUCCAAAAUUGGUGCAGUAAAUGGCUAAUGGAGGUUAAAUUAAAGAAAACAAAAGUAAUAAUUUUUCAAAAAGGAAAUACGAAAAAGACGAAACCAAGCUUCACAUUAGACAGCAAAACCAUAGAAAUUGUACAACAAUAUUGCUACCUAGGAAUUAAGCUUAAUUCAAAUGGGAAAUUCACAUUAGCUAUGAAACAGCUUGGCGAAAAGGCACUUCAUGCCCUAUACAAUAUAAGAAGACAUCUCAAUCUACACAAUCUAAACCCAAAACUAGCUAUCAAAAUAUUUGAUACCAUAAUAUCACCAAUUCUUUUAUACAACUCAAAAGUGUGGGGUGCUUAUAUCAAAAAUGACUUUAACAAUUGGGAUAACUCUCAUAUUGAAAAAACACACUUGAGAUUUUGCAAACUAUACUUGGAUGUUGGGAGGAAAACAACAAAUAUUGCUUGCAGAGGUGAACUAGAAAAGUUUCCACUGAUAAUCAAUAUUUAUAAGCGACUAUUCAAAUACAUUAUUCAUCUAAAUUCACUACCUGAAGAAGCACUUGCCAAACAAGCUUUUCUUAUCUCGAAAGACUUACACUCCAAACGAAUUACCUCGUUCUAUGGAAAUAUUAUGGAUAUUUUGAAAUCCUUUAACUGCAACACACAAAUAACAGAACUGGAAUCAAUCACAAUUCAAACACUAAGCUUUAUCCAUGACAACAUAAAGCAAAAAUAUCUUACUUUUUGGAAACACAAACUCGAAAACUCCUCCAAACUAAAGUUUUACAACACGUUCAAAACAGAAUACCAACUAGAGAAAUAUCUUUCAACAAUAAAAAAUCCAACCGAAAGAAAAACACUCACAAAAUUUCGAGUGAGCAACCACAAAUUAAUGAUUGAGUUAGGUCGCUAUCAAAAAAUACCAAGGGAAGAACGACUGUGUGAAAUCUGCCAGUCAGGGGAAGUGGAAGAUGAAAACCAUUUUGCCAAUUCGUGUAAAGCCUACAGCAACCAAAGAGAGAAUUUUUACACCACUCUCAGAAACAAGUUAACCAUUAUCACAGAUCAGGAACAAUUAGUAGAUAUAAUGAAAUCUACAGAACAAGGGAUUAUUUUAUCUCUGUCGAAAUAUAUUUCUUCCUGUUUUACGGAAAGAAAUAGAUACCUUGAAAUUGGGAUUGCUGUCAAUUAA